GAUUCCUGUAGUAGAUGAAGCUUUUCAUUGUAUGGUGAGCCAUUAGGGUCUCUAAUGUCUUGAGAACAAGCCACAUUAUAAUAUUCCUAAUAGGGCGGCAUGGCUCCUGCAUUGGUUUAAUACCAUGUAGCUGUGUGUUAUCAGGGGCAAAACUCUUCAAUUUCCCUAGCUUUCUAUCACUUACCAUUGAGUAGUGGGAUUGUUUUGAAACAGGUACAGCUCAGCUGGUGCCCUUUGCAUGUUUUCAGCCUGCAGCCCACUUCAUCCUUCAGCCUGGGUCAUAGUUGCUGUGGCUGAUAGGAAUUGGAGUCCAGCAACUGCUGUGGGGCUUCCCUUUGGCUGACCUGGUUCUAACAUGACUGAACUAGCAGAAAAUUGGUCUGUUUAUCUUAAGGCCACAUUCUAGGUCAUCAUUGCAGCAAGUUCCUAGGCGCUUGGUUCUCCGAUUACUCUUCCUUCCAUAUUGUUAGCAAUAUGACAAAGCCAUUUGCAUUGUGUAAUGAAGGUGGGCUCUCCUCUCUUACUUGUAGGAUCCAGGAUGUCUGGGCGUGGCAAGAAGCCAGCAAAGCCUGCAACCAAGGAACAAAAAAACAAGAGUGCAAGAGCUGGCUUGCAGUUCCCAGUGGGCCGCAUUGGACGUCUUUUGAGACGGGGUCGGUAUGCAGAAAGAGUGGGUGUCGGGGCCUCAGUGUACAUGGCUGCCGUGUUGGAAUAUCUGACUGCAGAGCUACUGGAGCUGGCGGGAAAUGCUGCUCAUGAGAACAAGAGGCAACGAAUUGGGCCACGCCACAUCCAGUUGGCGAUCAGAAGCGAUGAUGAGCUGAACAAGCUGUUUGCACAUGUGACCAUUGCGGAAGGUGGAGUUCUCCCCCACAUCAAUGCUCUGCUUCUUCCAAAGAAAACAGCACCGUCCACUGUUCCCCAGGAGGAACCUUAUAAGGGGACCUGA